AUCAAUGCCUCCUUUCUUGGUGGGCUCUAUUUAAAGUUGGAGAAUAGUUGAAGCUUUUGCUAAUACUCCAAUCCUUUCUUUGUGUGUUCUUACGAUGAAGAAAACAAUAAUGGAAGAUAUGACUACGCUCAUGGCAGAUGUAUUGGCAAACUUUUUAAAUGGUUCGAAAGUGUUUGAAAUGGAGAUGGGAAUUCUUAAGGAACGUCUUGAGAAAAGCUUUAGUGAAACUUUAGAGGAAGACAACAACGUUAGUUACAUAGUUGAAAUAUUACAAAGGACAACAAUGGGUGAGACCAUACCCAGAGAAUUAGUUGAUAUUUUACAUGUGGAAGGUUCAUGUCCCAUAUGUCUACAGGACUUGGAAGCUGGAAAGAAAGUGCGAUGCAUGAUGCAAUGUAAUCACCAGUUUCAUAAACAUUGCAUAGAUAAAUGGCUUGUCUUGAACAAAUCUUGCCCCAUCUGCAGAAGGAGUAUCAAUAUGUACACCCUCUUCAUUUGACAACAAAGAAAUCGAAGCAAAGCUUGUAAAUUAUUUAUACGACAAAUGAUAAAUACAAUAAGUAACAUCUACACCCGAGUGUAUAUAAAAAUUUGUAAUGUAAAGGCGACUGAGGUGUACGUUGUUAUACACUUUGAACAACUGACUAUAUAGUUGCAUUCUUGUACCAUACAUGACAUCUAUUGCGUUUGGAGUUUAGAGAGCUCGGAUAAGAUAAUGUAACUAGUUCUUUUUUUCUUGCUAUUUUAGUUCUUUACAUUACAAUGAAUUUAUGUAUGUUGAGAUCUAAUCCCAAGAGCUUGUAUAGUUAAAUUUACUUGUAAUUAAAUUGUACGCGUAACAAACUAGGUACAAAAAAAAAAGUAUCAUAGUCUUUAUGUACAAGCUUGUCAAUAUGUCAUAAGAAAAAUCAGUGCAUUCAUCACAA